AUUGUCCUUUUCGGUUGACCUGUGCACCUUGAUCUUGCUCAAUUUUUCAUCGUGUGUGUGUGAUUGUGAAUGACGGGGCUUAAUAAAAGCGUAAUUCUUUCACAACGCACUCGGUCAGAAUUUAAGCUUCUAUUUCACUGAAAUAGAUUCUACGCAAUAAGUUUAAGUCACCACAAACUCCGCAUGAGGCAAGUGGUCGAAUCGACUCUGAGCCUUCGAACUAUGCGUGGUCGAAUCGGUUGGUCGAAUCGACCGGUGAGCCAAAUGCAUGCACAUCUCCGAAAAGGCAGCUAGUGACUUCCCCUUAUACAGGGAUAGCCUUUUCACGUGUUGUGCAUUUACACUUUGUCACGUUUGGAAAAACAGCCUUUGCGCUUUCAGAAAUCACUUUCCAGUGUUCAGCAAUUUAUAUUUUGUUUGUUUUUGGGCUGACAUCUUGAAAAUUGUCGAGAGUACACUGUCACAAUCCACUAAAAACUUUCAUUGAGAUCCGACUUCAACUUAUUAAGUAUUCUAACAUGAUUGCUUUGAUAUCGUCAGGGUGCACGAGACAUAUACUUUCUUGUCUAUGUCGAUUACCGAGAAAGAGAGAAAGUCGCCGAAUGCUCACUUCACUUUUUGUGAAUUCCAGCCUUCUCAGAAACUAUGCAGGCAGUGCGAGAUUGACAUCAGGAUCAUUAAGGGAUCUGAAAUGCCAUCAUACUGUAGGUGCCUCAAGCUACACAAACCGAACACACCUGUGUGGAGAACUACGAUUAAAGGAUGUGGGACAGAAGAUUACGCUCUGUGGGUGGCUGCAGUUUUUUCGACUGAGGCAGUUCCUGAUUCUGAGAGACUGGCAUGGCACCACACAGUUGGUUAUUCCAGAACACAAGAAGCAAGAACUUGAAGAUGUAUUGACCAAUUUGACGGUGGAGUCAGUACUCAUGGUGAAUGGCACUGUAAGGGCUAGACCUGCAGAACAGCAAAAUGAAAAAAUGGCCACAGGACAAAUUGAAGUGGAAGUUUCAGAUCUGUGGCUGCUAAAUCCUCGUCAGCUGCAGUUGCCUUUUGAGUUAAAGGAAUUUCAUAAGGUAAAAGAGUCACUGAGAAUGGAAUACAGAUAUCUAUAUCUUCGCCAGUCACUGAUGCAGAAUAAUUUGCGUUUGCGCUCAAGAAUGGUGAUGAAGAUGCGAGAAUUCCUAACAAACAAGCAUGAUUUUGUGGAGGUGGAGACACCAACAUUGUUUCGUCGAACCCCUGGGGGUGCAAAAGAAUUUUUAGUUCCAACCCGUGAUCCAGGAAAGUUUUAUACUCUGCCCCAGAGUCCACAACAGUUUAAGCAACUCUUGAUGGUUGGAGCCAUAGAUCGUUACUUUCAAAUAGCACGGUGUUAUCGUGACGAAGGAGCAAAGCCAGACAGGCAACCAGAGUUCACUCAGGUUGAUAUAGAGAUGUCUUUUGUGACUCAAGAAGGAAUAAUAUCCCUCAUCGAAGGUUUACUGUCAUCAUCCUGGCCUGAGGAGAAAUUAACAUUCCAGGUGCCUUUUCCUCGUAUGACCUAUCAUCAAGCCAUGUCAUUGUAUGGUACUGAUAAACCGGACACCAGACUUUCAUGGACGAUUAAGGAUGUCAAAGAAAUCUUCUCGGAAGAGAUACCACCUGCACCAGUAAUUCAAGGUCUUCGUAUACCAAAAGGGGGUAAAUAUAUUUCCAGUAAGGAGGUUGACGAUAUUGUGAAGUUUAGUAAGCAGGGUUUCUCAGCGAACCUUUUAGCCACCAAAGUGAAAGCAUUGACCAGUACUUCCAAAUUAUUUUCAAAACAUCUGUUUGAAAAACAUCACAAGAAGCUGGUAGCCAUGUUGGAACUGGAAGAGGAAGACAUUUUGUUUCUUAGUUUUGGUAACCAAUAUGAACCGCACAUGGCUUUGGGAAAGGUCCGUCUGAAGUGUGCAGACAAAAUGGAAGAGAAAGGUGUAACUCUGAGAAACAAAGAGAAGAUGCAUUUUCUCUGGAUUCAAGACUUCCCUUUAUUUCUUCCUCGUGAAGAUGGCAGUGAAGGUUUAGAGUCAGCUCAUCACCCAUUCACAGCACCACACCCUGAAGACCAGGCUUUGCUUUACACCUGUCCCCACAAGGCACGAAGUCAGCAUUAUGACCUGGUUUUAAAUGGCCAAGAAAUUGGAGGAGGAUCCAUUCGUAUCCACAGUGCCCAGCUACAACGUUACGUGCUUAACAACAUUUUGAAGGAAGACAGUACACAGCUGGAACAUCUUUUAACUGCUUUGGACAGUGGAUGUCCUCCUCAUGGAGGUAUAGCUCUUGGGCUUGAUCGUCUAAUGGCUAUUGUCUGCCAAACAGAAAGUAUACGGGAUGUGAUUGCUUUCCCAAAAUCACAUGAAGGCCGAGACUUGAUGAGUGGUGCUCCAACAUAUGUUUCACAAGAUGAACUUGAUAUUUACCAUAUUUUUGUCAAGAAAUGAAAAAGGGGAACUAGGCCUAUGUUGACAAUUGUAGAGAGAAAAUUUCUCAUAAUCAUAACCAAUCUUUAUAGUGACAUGCUGUGAACUGUGGGAUAGUUUGAUGUCAAAAGAACAUUCACAGACAGUUGACAGAGUGUGAAACAUAAUUUCAAUAAUAAUUGAAUUAUUAUUAAAGAGCACAUUUCCAGUGGUCACCAAAGGUAAAAAAAAAAAAAAAAGGUCGAACACAAGAUAAUAAAGACAUUUUCCAAAUA